AUGAGCCGUACUGGGAACAGCGAUGAGGCUGCCAAGGCGCGCGGCGGAUCCAAGCUGCGAGCCAGUCGAGUGCGUCGCCAGCGAGACCGCGAGCGCAGUCUGGAUGAGGACGAGCUGGAGCAGCGCUUCGGUCGUGCCAACUUGUCGCUGUCGGCGCCCGUGUUUCGAUCGAUGGCCUUCGUGACGGAGCGACGUGGUCCUUCUUCUUCUACUGCUUCGACCGUAUCUUCUCGGCGCCCAAAGCGCUCGGCCACAGCUGCUGCUUCCGCCAGACUGCACAAAAACAUCGAGGUUGCGGCCAAGAAGAACCAGCAGCAGUCUCUGCAGCAGAUGAGUCGAGCUGCUCCUCAUGGUAGCAAUGGUAGCGCUCAGAGCAAACCUAGACGACAGCGCAUGGGCACUAAAGAACUAAACAAACAGGGAAAAGCACAGCCGUCCGCCAAGGACGUGGCCGUAUCGAUGCGUGAGCGUCACCGUCGCAAACUGUCGCUCACGUCAACAGAGCUGCAGGCUCAAGAGACUACACCAGAAGUAGAAGUGGGGUCUGCACCGUCAACAAAACAGGACGCCGAUGAUGUGUAUCCCGAGGCAGGAGGAAGCGCCUUCCCCCAGCAGCUCACACUCUUCAGUCAGCAGAAGCGUCUGCCACAGCGCGUGGCCAGCCGCGACGAUGUCAUUGACACGAUCUUUAAGGCGCUAUUUGCACGUAGUGAAGGACGACGCAAUCGCCCGCGACAGGCGCUCAGCGCCUUCGGAGACGACACAGGAACUGACACGGAUGAACCCAAUGAAGAGUUCGUCAAGCGAGGACUAGCAAACGCUCUCUUCAGAGAUCAGCUCAAUCUGCACGCUCCAUCGUCACUAUUAACUGCCGUGACUCCAGCAACGGCUGCUGAUAGCCUCAUUACGCCCACAUUUAUGCACGCUCUAGUGAACGCAUUGCGCUUCGAGGACUUCCGCACAGCCAGCGCACGACUAGACAUUGUGCGUGCUAUCCACAAAAGCUGCCCCACUAAGAGGCUUCACCUUGCACGGGCACUUGCUGAUGCUACGGCAUUGCGCGUGGAGUACGUGAAAGCCGUUGCGGCGCGUGCCCAGAUGCUUGGCGUGGAGAAAACCUCGACACGAGUUAUCGCGGACCACGUUCACGACCAUGGACACGGCUUCACUGAAUUCGUACGGUACUCUAUCGAGCAUGUUGAAGAGAGUUUGGUGGACACGCCGCCUCCUGAGGAAUCGGACGCGGCUCUGGAACUAGAGGAACAGCAGAAGGAACUUGCGCGCAACUGCAUGACGAGUCUCGUUUCGCUGUGGCGUGCACAUUGGGUGGAUCCUGCGGGAUCCGACGACGAAGAACUCAUUAGCUGUGCGGGUCAGUUCGUGGCGUACAUGCCGUCAGUCACUAGUCCACUGCUCAAGCGGCUGUUAAGUGCGUGGCCUACCCGUUACCCGAAACAGGAGGUGGGGGCUAUUCGCAUGGUGGCACGAGUCAUCAUGUCGGGUCCUCCUCUUAACCAAGUGGACCCAUCACAAGUCCUGCAACGCCGAGUGUUUACUCGACUAGCACGCGCAUUGCAGAGCCCAAACGUCGAUGUGGCCAAGGAGGCGCUGGCGUUCACCUGCUGUCAAUUCGCGCUUGUCCACUUCGUAGGACGAGACGAGGUCAUCUACAAGGCUGUCACUGUUGCACUGCACAAUAACGUUGAGGGUCAUUGGCAUCACGGGGUACGCACCACAUCUGAGACCAACUUUGACCGCGCCUUGGACUUUGCACGGGGAUAG